GAUGAUACAUCAAAUAUAUAGUUGAUAUAUAGAUGGUAUAUCAAAUAUAUAGUUAGUAUAUAUUUGGUAUAUCAAAUAUAUAUUUGAUUGUUUUUAUUGGGAUAGCAUACAGGUGUUGGACAAAACUACAUGUGCAUCAAAUUCUGCUAUUCAACCAGAAAUCCUGACUUGUGUGAUAUGAAGAGAGGGACAAAGAUUUCAAAAGCUUGUCAUAACAAUGCAUGUAAAAAUUAGAUGAUGUCCCCCCUCCCAGGUAAAGAUGUGAAGCAGAUGAAAUGUUUGAAGUGAAUGUACAUCCCAGAGGGGCUGAAAACCCAACUUUAGUGAACCCUAGCAUGUGUCAGGGGCAGUAGGUGUGUAUACUAGAUGCCUUCACGUAGUUUUCAGGUGAGUUUUAAAGAAAUCUACUUGGAGAUGCACAAACUAAUGCUCACAUGAAGGAGCAUGCAUUGUGGUGCAGUUGGUUGAGCCUCGGCUUGGGAAAUUUGCAUUCCAUAGAGGAGUACCUGGUUCGAGUCCCAGUUGCUCUGCUUCUGACCAAGCUUUCCACUAAUAUGCAUGACAGACAGCAGGUGAUGGCCCAGUUACUCAGGUUUCUGACAUCAAAUAGGAGAUCUGUAUGGAAUUCUGGGCUCCAGCCUCAGCCUGAGCUCUUGUGGGCAUUUGAGGAGUGAACCAGUAGUUGGAAGAUACCUCUGUUUCAAAUAUGAAAAAAAAUGAAUAAAGAAAGAUAAAGAGAAUUAAGAAAAUUUCCUUGCAACAGUCUUACUGGGCAAACAUCCAUUUCAUGGAUGAGGAAUCUGCAAAAGUAUGCUUGCAUUAUUUUCUGGAUUUUUUUUUUUUGCAUUUUUGCAUUUUUCUUGAAUUUUUUCUGGAAUUAAUUUCUGGCAUUUUUUCUCAGGUCAAUCACAGCCUCUCCUGCUAAAAUAAUGAACUACAGUUGUCUUAGGGCAGAUAAAGGUAGAGAAUUACAACCCAUGAAUAAGGAAAGGUUUAUACUACAAUAUUUUCCUUAGGCAUAGGAAGAUUGGAACUCAAAGUUGACUUUGUGCGCUCCCUGAUACCAAACACUUCAACUGCAAAUAAGAGGGUUUAUGAUCAUAAAAACUGUAAAGCAGCAUUACCAGAUUGCUAUGAAAAAAGGAAAAUUUUGGAGAUAUUAAAAUAAGAUACACCUCUCAAACACAAGAUAAUUUACUGAGAUCUUGAGGCAAAUACAAAAAUUACCUGUUUAAGCUUUUGAAAAUUCAGACAUUUCUUUUAAAAAUUUUUAUUUCUGAUCCCUGACAGGUGAAGCAAACACUAAAGUUACAUUUGUGGUCAUUGCUUUUGUAUGAUUAUGUGCACUUAAUUAAACCACAUUUAUCGAAAUCUGACCCCCACCAAUGACCAGGAUAGAAGUUAUGGAUCACACAGCAGACAGACACACAAUAAUGGGCACACAACAUGGUUAAGAUCCCCCCUCCUACUUAGGAGUGUCUGAAUUUGAUUUCAGGCUGUCAUUGAUUACUCAACUUCCUCCCAGACUGUGGGAGGCAGUGGUGAUGACUCAAGUACUUGGGUGACUGCUACCAAUGUAAGAGACCUAGAUCAAGUUCCAACUCCCAGGGUUUCGAGUGGGAGGGAAGUUAUGGGGGGGAAGCCACUGUAUUCCAAAAUCUGUGCUUUGCAAAUUUAUAAUUAUUAAAUAAAAGUUAAAAAAAUUCCAACUCCCAGCUUCUGCAGUAGUCCAUCCAAGACACUGUAGGCAUUUGGGAGCGAAUCAAUGCUAUCUCUCUCUCUCUCUCUCUCUCUCUCUCUCUCUCUCUCUCUUCCACCUUCCCUCCCUCCCUCCCUGUGUGUCUUCCUAUUAAACAAAAAGGAGAUACAGAAGGGAAAAUUAGAAAACCUGACAAUGAUGAAACCAUUGAGUGAUAAUUAAGACACAACAGUAUUUUCCUAUCAUGAACAAUCAACAUUAAGUUAGCGUUGAUAUAAUACAGUCCUAGCAUUUAGAGCACACUUAAGUCAAUGGAAUUUCUACCAUUGCUAAAAUAAGGUAUAUUUAACUGCUUCUUAAUUACCCUUAUUUAGAGUAUUACCUUUGAAGGCAAAAGGGCAUUUAUUAUUUUUUAUUACAUGUCUAGGUUGCAUUUGACUGUGUUCAUGGGCUUGGUAGGUCUAGCAUUCUGGGUUUCCUAACAUUUUUCAGUUGCUCCAACAACAGUUAUUUUAAUUUUAUUUAUUCUAUGGACCUUAGAGCUGCCCUUAUGUUAUACCCAUGACUAGCUGAAUUAAAACUAUAGACCAAAAAACUAUAAGCAAGCACUGUGUGCCCAUGUCUCCUUUUUCCAUCCCUAUCUCUUUCCAGAAGGAGCGCAGGCUCUGUUGCAACACAAAAUCUGACGUGUGUCCUAGAAUUCCAUCUCGUGGGCUUCUCAGAGGAUCCAGCCCUGCAGUCCCUCCUGUUUGGGCUGUUCCUGUCCAUGUACCUGGUCACGGUGCUCGGGAACCUGCUCAUCAUCCUGCUCAUCAUCUCUAACACCCACCUGCACACCCCCAUGUACUUCUUCCUCUGCAACCUGUCCUUGGCUGACGUGGGUUUCACCUCCACCACAGUUCCCAAGAUGAUUGUGGACAUCCACACUCACAUCACAGUCAUCUCCUAUGUGGGCUGCCUGACACAGAUGUCUCUCUUUCUCAUCUGUGGAUGCAUGGAUGAUUUGCUUCUGACUGUAAUGGCCUAUGACCAGUUUGUCGCCAUCUGUCAUCCACUGCAUUACCAGGUCAUCACGAACCCCCGCCGCUGUGCCUUCUUGGUUUCAGUGUCUUUUGUGGCCAGCCUUUUCGAUUCUCUGCUGCACAACUUGAUAUUAUUACCAGUUACCUGCUUCAAGGCAGUUGAAAUUUCUAAUUUCUUUUGUGACCCUUCUCAGCUUCUCAAUCUUACAUGUGAUGACACCUUCAACCGUGACAUAGUCAUGUAUCUUAUUGGUAUCGUAUUUGGGUUUUUCCCUAUCUCAAGGGUCCUCUUCUCUUACUAUAAAAUUGUGUCCUCCAUUCUGAGAGUCCCAUCCCCAGAUGGGAAGUACAAAGCCUUCUCCACCUGUGGCUCACACAUGUUGGUCGUUUGCUUAUUUUAUGGAUCAAGUUUAGGCGUGUAUCUCAGUGCAUCCUUCUCCACCUCUUCCAGAGAGAGUGCUGUGGCCUCACUGAUGUACACCCUGGUCACCCCUAUGUUGAACCCCUUCAUCUACAGCCUGAGGAACAGGGACAUCAAGAGAGCUCUGCAGAGAACUCUCAACAGAAUAAGCUAAUCUCACUGCCCUUGCUAUCCUUGUGCUCCUAGAACUGAAAUGGGCAGCUUCAAGAUGUCUAGAAUCAGUCAUCAGGUCACAGCAUGUGAAGGCAUCUAUCAUCAUCUCCAUGUCUUUUGGGCUUCUCUUUCCACAACCGUUCCUGUCAACAUAUGGGAAGCUAACGCUGUAGGCUGGGGCUUUAACUUGCUGUGUCACUGUGCAGGCCCCAGAUUGGAGCUCUUAAAAAAAGCACUACUCUACUUUCCACCUUUCUUUAAUAAAAGGUCACUCAUGGUCACUAACCUUAACUACAUAUGAAGUGUGGUGCAUUUCACUCAUCUCUUCUCUCCCCACUCAGGCCUCAGUGUUUGAGAGAGUCCCUUUAGUUACCAUUUCUGUUCACAUGUUUUUCCCUCUUUACCUCUGUCCUGCAGUAGCUUUUGGACCCAUUGCCCAUAUUCUAUUCUCUCCAUUAUGAUAACUGUAUUUGUUUCUGUUUCUUGACUGAUGAAUACAUCAUGACAUGGGGCAAAAGGUAGAAGAUGAGCUGUGAUGGGAGUAUUUAAAAAUGUGCACAAGGGGGCGGCACUGUUGCAUGUUAGGUUAAGCCUCUGCCAGCAGUACUGGCAUCAUAUAGGGUGCUGAUUCAAGUCCUGGCUGCUCCCCUUCUGAUGCAGCUUCCUGCUAAUGGCCUGGGAAAUCAGCGGUGGAUGGCCUAAAUGCUCGGGCCCAUGCACCCAUGUUGGAGACCCAGAAGAAGUGCUUAGCUCCUGGCUUUGGAUUAGCCCAUCUUCAUCUGUUGCAGCCAUUUGGGGAGUGAAUCAGUGGAUGGAAGACCUGUCGCUCCUUCUCUUUCUGUAACUCUGCCUUUUGAAUAAAAUAAUUUUUUCAUGUGUUCAAGAAAUCAAGCCAGUUUUCAAUAUCAGUCUUCUCAUAAACACAAAAGAGGCAGAAUUUAGGGUCUUCUCAUUUCUGUUGAUGACACUCAUCUUUUGAGGUGGGUGUUAGUGCCAUUUGGGAUGCCUGUACUGCAGGGCCUGGUUUUGAAUCCUAGCUCCACUCUGAUUCUGAAUUCCUACUAAUGUGCAUCCUUGGAGGCAGCAGGUGAUGGCUCAAGCAGUUGGGUCCCUGCCACACAUGUGGGAGAUGUGGACUGAGUUCUUAGCUUCUGGCUUUGGCCUGGCCCAGCCUUGGCUGCUGUGGGCAUUUAGGGAGUGAACCAGUGGAUGGACAACAUUGCUCUCUCAAUCUCUCAGUCUUUUCCUUUCAAAUAAAAUAAAUUUUUACAACUAAAAAAAAGGAACAUUCUUCAUGUGAGGGAAAAACUGCAAAUGUCCUAUUGUAUUGUGCAAACAUAACUCUCCAGACAUAGUAUGUCUGGCAGGUGAGAACCUUAUUUUUUUUAAAGAAGGUUUGCUUAUUUGAAAGGAAGAGAGAGAGAGAGAAAGAGAGAAAGAGAGAGAAAGAGAGAGAGAAAGAGAGAGAGAGAGAGAGAGAGAGAGAGUGAGAGAAAGAGUGAGAGAGAGAGAUCUUGUCUGUUGGUUCACUGCCCAAAAGGCUGCAAUGGCUGGGCUAUGUCAGUCCAGAGCCAGUAGCCUGGAAGUCCAUCCUGGUCUCCCAUGUGAGUGUCACGGGCCCAGGCAUUCAGGCCAUCUUCCACUGCUUUCCCAGGUGCACGGGCAAGGAGCUGGAUCAGAAGUGGAGCAGCCUGGACUUGAUUGGUGCUGAGAUGAAAUACCAGGUGGCAGGCAGCAGUUUAACCUGCUGCACCACAAUGCCAUCCCUGCCCAAACACUGAACGAGGCAAUAGCGUGUGCCUCCCACUCUUCAGGUUUCCAGUCCAUCCAGCGGGAAUGGUUCCUGUGCUUUCCAUCACCGGAGGUGCCAUGAAUGUUAGCUGGCCAAUCACCGGAGCCACCACAGGUGUUAGCUGGCCCAUUCCCAUGCCUGUCUUCUUGCCAGUCCUCAGGACAGAGCCUCAGCCCCCAUGGGUCCCUGCACACAGGAGGGAGAACAGAUUUGUGCUCCUUGGCCGUGCCCCUGAGCAAGGCAGCACAGCCUGCAGGGUGCUUUGGGAGAUGCUGGGUGUGGAGGAUUGUCAGGAACAUAUUUCCCCAGCAUCAGUUCACGUCAGAUGGGUGGGAAAGCAAGACUAGCUGCCCCAACAUGCCAGCUUUCAGCUCAGAGGUCUGUAAUGUUUAUGCUUUUCAGUCUUGCUGGGAAUUUGAGAAUCCAACUGGUACCAAAUGCCUGCUCCAUGACACCAUCCUGAGAAAGGAGCCACACUUGGAAUCUGUACUGCUGUAGGAGAUAGAAACCCCUGUAUAUCCUCAUCCCUGGGGAUCCACAGUCACUCCACUGUUCAGGCAAGAGGACCACAGCCUCAUAAACCUAGCUAGACCCAGCAGCAACAGCGACCAACAUUUUAGCCUAAGCGGUGUCUUGCACUACACUGGUCAGGUGGUUCUGCACAGCAAAGUGGGUCCUAUUCCCAAAACCUUAAGAAGGAGUUAUCACCUCUGCGGAAUGAGGACCAUCUCCCCUACUUCCUCAACUUUGACCCCACCAGGGCAGUGCAAGCUCUGGCUUUGGUGGGUGUGCAGAGUCAUGCAUGUUCAUCCCAUACUCCUGCCCAGCCCUACUGUGGAUCCUUCUGAGCCUGCCCUGGCUUUGAGGGGACUUCAACACCCCACUUUUGUCAGCGUACAGAUCACUGGAAAAAAAAGCAUCAGAAUUAAACUAUACUAUAGACCAAAUGAGUCUUACAAAAAUAGAACAUUACAUCCAACUGCAGCAGGAUACACCCUCUUUCCACCAGCACAUAGAAUAGUCUUUAGGGUAGACCACUGAUUAGGCCACAAAACAAAUCCUAGCAAAUUUAAAAAAUCAAAAUCCUAUCACAUUAUCCUCUCUGACCACAAUGGAGUAAAAUUAGAAAUGAUCAGCCAAAGAGAAAACAACUCUAGAAAUUAUCCAAAUACAUGGAAAUGGAACAACUUGCUUCUGA